UCUGCUUCUGUCGAUUAUUAGGUUAAGUAUAUUAUUGUUGUGCAUAAUAACACGCGAAAGCAAAAAGUCGUCAAAAGGCAAAGUAAUUGUUUCGCAAGGUAGAUUGGUGUAGUUUGUUCUAAAGUGUCACAAAAUCUGCAAGUGUGAGCGGUGUGAAGUGAAAAAACAGUUGACUGAAAUAGUUGAAAAUGCCGACGUGGAAUCAAAUCCAAUCCCAGCUCCGAAAUCCGAACAACCCGGUCGUUUUCUUCGACGUCUCCGUAGGCACGACGGAAAUAGGGAGGAUGAUUUUCGAGCUCUUUGAGGACGUCUGUCCAAAGACUUCGGAGAACUUUCGACAGUUUUGUACGGGCGAGUACAAAAAAGACGGUGUGCCCUUGGGUUACAAGGGUGUCAUCUUUCACAGGGUGAUGAAGGAUUUCAUGAUUCAAAGCGGUGACUUUGUCAAUGGUGAUGGUACCGGAGUCACAAGUAUUUACGGUGGUACCUUCCCGGAUGAGAAUUUCACACUGAAACACGAUUCUCCCGGCUUACUUUCGAUGGCAAACAGUGGAAAAGACACUAAUGGUUGUCAGUUUUUUGUUACCUGUGCCAAAUGUAAUUUCCUUGAUGGCAAGCAUGUCGUUUUUGGUAGGGUGAUCGAUGGACUUUUAGUGAUGAGGAAAAUUGAAAAUGUCCCUACUGGACCAAAUAAUAAACCAAAAAUACCAGUCACUAUUUUUCAGUGUGGACAGAUGUAAUACUGUGUUUUGGUGUGAUGUUUCAUAAUAAUUGUAAUUGCAGACUUUGAA